GGUCUCGCGGGCCGGGUAGGGGUCUCGCGGGCCGGGUUGGGGGUCUCGCGGGCCGGGUUGGGGUCUCGCGGGCCGCCAUGAGGUACAACGAGAAGGAGUUGGCGUUCCUGUCCAAACUGCCGGCCGAGAAAGCGGCUCAACUGCACAUGAGAGGCCCCAAGCGCGGAGACGCAGUGAAACAUCGUUUAGUGAAGCUUGUGGUCAACUUUCUUUUUUAUUUCAGAAUCGAUGAAGAGGAGCCUGCCGGCGCCUUAUUACUUGAACAGUGCAAAAUCCAGAGGGAGGAAGAAGCUUCUUUUUCAUUAGUAUUUGUGGAUGAACCAGAAAGAAAAUUCUUAUUUUGGUGUGAAAGUAAAGAGCAAUGUGAAGAGUGGAUUGAAGCGUUAACAAAAGCCAGUUAUGAGAACAUGCGGAAGAGCUUAAUCUCUUACCGGCACAAGAUAAAGGAAAUAACCGGAAAAGAUCCACUGGAGCAAUAUGGAAUUUCAGAAGAAACUAGAUUUCAGAUCUGAUCACAGACGUUGUAGAUAAAUAUGCACAGAGAAUUUUCUAAAGGAAGGGUUGACGGGCCAUUUUAAUCACCUUUCUUGGAAUGUUGGUCUGCAGGAAUUACACUAAAAUACCUAGUAUUUACCGUACUGUUAAAAGAAAAAUUGUGGUACAUCCCGUCCUAUCCAUUUAGCUGUGUUCUCUAAAUUCCGGUAUUUCUUUACUGUUACUGUACAUUGCGCUAACGGUUUCAGUGAGCCAUCUACUCCACUUGCACGUAAAAUAAGCAGACCCAGUGGAAACUCACCUUAAGAUCACGCCUUGCAAUGUGGUCGAAACCUCUCAUUGCAUUUGCUUAUCUCCUUAGUGAGUUUCUAGGUUUUUAAAAGCAUUUACUUUCAGGUAUUUUAGGGUUUGAAUAAUAAUUCUUGCAUUUGAUAUAGCGCCUUAUCAUGUCUUCGGGACUUCUCAAAGUUCUUCACAGGAUCUAUCACGACAGCUUCAAACCUUUCACAACAAAUCAAGUUGAAUCAGUAAGACGGUACACAUAAGACACUUCUAUACCGAUUUAAGUUAUGUUAAAGCUGAUUAAGAUGUACUGUACGUUCACCGGUUUCAUCCGGAAGUUUGUUGCAGUUUGCCAUUCAAAAAAUUCCUUGGUGUACUUGGGUAAUUGAAUGAGAUGAAAAAUUACCAUUGUGAAUGAACUUAAUGUGAAUUUUUAAAAUUGUAAUUUAGUUAUUUUGAUAAUACUCGUAUUUGGUAGAGGGCCUGGAUGACCCCAAAGCGCUUCACAGGACUUACUGUGAAAUGGAGUGACUGCAUUUGCAAGCAAAGAUGGCAGCAAUGUCCCACAAAGAGCCAAUUAAUUUUUUUUCUGUGAAACGUCAUGUUUUCAUUACUGGAUUUUUGAAUGUGUUUCAAUGUUUAUCAAAUAUUGCUGGAGGUUAAAACAAAUGUACCGCUGAACGUGCUGGAAACUUGCAGAAUCUGAAAGGAAAGGUUAAUGUUUCUCACAGAAUCCUUUGUCAAGAUUAAUUCAGUGAGUUUAGGUGGAGAGCAAACACGUUUUAAGACUUAAUUUCAAAUGGACAUUUAAUUACAUAGCAAAGCAUUUGUUCUUUAAGACGGUUUGUGAUGCGGGAGAUUUAUAUACAAGUUCACAUGCACAGUGGCUGCUUCAGGGAGAUGGGACUAUUACUGUCAUUGUUUUUAGUUAAAACUGUAAAGCUCUGUGAUUUUAAACAAUAAACCUCAGUUGUACAUUUUUGCACGAUAUUAUGCUGAAUUGAAAUUAAAGUCUACUUUUGGAAAGUAAAA